CAUGCUAUCGUGUGCCACACAACUUGGGCUGAGUCCUUUCACCAACUCCAUCUCUAAUAUUUAUCCACGUCUCUCCAACCAUUUUUUUUGGCUUCGGCCUCGUCACAAAGCAAUUUCUACAUUUUCUUCAUCCUCGAUCUCCUCCAAUGGCGCCUUUCCUUCUAAUACCCAUCGUGCUUGUCACCCUCUUCCUCGCAUACAACAUCUACCAGCGGCUUAGAUUCAAGCUCCCCCCGGGGCCUCGCCCGUGGCCGAUCGUCGGAAACCUCUACGACAUAAAGCCAGUGAGGUUCCGGUGCUUUGCCGAGUGGGCUCAAGGGUACGGCCCAGUUAUAUCGGUGUGGUUCGGAUCGACGCUAAACGUGAUCGUGUCGAACUCGGAGUUGGCAAAGGAAGUGCUCAAGGAAAAUGACCAGCAACUGGCGGACAGGCACAGAAGUAGGUCGGCAGCAAAGUUUAGCAGGGAUGGGAAGGAUCUUAUCUGGGCGGACUAUGGUCCUCACUAUGUGAAGGUCAGGAAAGUGUGCACCCUUGAGCUUUUCUCGCCCAAGAGACUUGAGUCUCUUAGACCCAUUAGGGAAGAUGAGGUUACAGCCAUGGUUGAAUCCAUUUUCAACGACUGCACCAAUUCUGAUAAUAAGGGUAAAAGUUUGUUGGUGAAGAAAUAUUUGGGAGCAGUGGCAUUCAACAACAUUACAAGACUGGCAUUUGGUAAGCGGUUUGUGAACUCAGAAGGCGUAAUGGACGAGCAAGGGUUAGAAUUCAAGGCAAUCGUGGCCAAUGGGCUGAAGCUUGGUGCAUCACUUGCCAUGGCAGAGCACAUUCCAUGGCUUCGUUGGAUGUUCCCUCUUGAGGAAGAGGCAUUCGCCAAACACGGCGCAAGGAGGGAUAGACUCACUAGGGCUAUCAUGGAAGAGCACACUCAGGCACGCCAGAAGAGUGGUGGUGCCAAGCAGCAUUUCGUUGAUGCUCUGCUUACACUGCCGGACAAAUACGACCUCAGCGAGGACACCAUCAUUGGACUUCUUUGGGACAUGAUCACUGCAGGCAUGGAUACCACCGCAAUCUCUGUAGAAUGGGGCAUGGCGGAGCUCAUCAAGAACCCAAGGGUACAACAGAAGGCCCAAGAGGAGCUAGACCGUGUCAUCGGAUUGGAACGCGUCGUGACAGAAGCUGACUUUUCGAACCUACCUUACCUGCAAUGUGUAGCCAAAGAGGCACUAAGGUUGCACCCUCCAACCCCACUAAUGCUCCCCCACCGAGCCAAUGCCAAUGUAAAAGUUGGUGGCUAUGACAUCCCUAAGGGAUCAAAUGUUCAUGUCAACGUUUGGGCGAUUGCACGUGAUCCGGCAGUGUGGAAAAAUCCACUUGAGUUCCGGCCGGAGCGGUUCCUUGAGGAGGAUGUUGAUAUGAAGGGCCAUGACUUCCGACUACUUCCAUUUGGCGCCGGCCGGCGAGUGUGCCCCGGUGCUCAACUUGGUAUCAAUUUGGUCACGUCCAUGCUUGCUCACCUACUGCACCAUUUUGUUUGGACACCACCAGAGGGGAUAAAGCCAGAGGAGAUUGACAUGUCUGAAAAUCCUGGAUUGGUCACUUAUAUGCGGAGCCCAUUACAAGCCAUGGCUGCUCCCAGGUUGCCAUCCCACUUGUACAAACGUAUGGCGGUCGACAUGUAGUUUUUCAUUUUGUUUGUUGCUAUAUAUGAACUUCGUGAUGAAAUUGUAAUUUGUUUGAGAUUUUUUAUAUAAAAAUGAAAAUGUGGUUUCUUUUUAUGCAUAA